GGUGGAUCCAUGCCUUGGUUUUCAAUCAGACAAUGAGAUAGGAGACGCCAUAACAGGUGUGGCAGGGUUGCCAUUCAGUGCCUGUAAUGUUCUAAGGAACUAAGGCCAUCUAUGAAGCAGGUGCUAGAGACCCUUAUUGUUAAUGUUGCAAGUGUGAGGAGUGUAUAAAGUUAGUCCUACUUCAAAGAAAGCAAGGAAGAGUGAGAAGUUUAUAAGGUGAGAGACCCAUUAACUUAUUAUUUUAAGGUUUUGAGUUGGAUGUGGUGUCUUCUGAAAUCUUUCAGGUGGUCGAGAGUUCCCCACGACUGCCCAACAAUUAUCACUGGACAACUUGCAAUAGCGUGUCUAUAUGUUGACUGCUGACUUGGUCUUGGUCUUGCUUUGUCUUUUUAUGGAGCUAAAAAUCGCUUAGAGAAUAAGUGGCCAUACUUCACUUGGUACUGACCUUAUGAGGUUGUGUAGUGAUCUCUUUCAAAGCUGCUUCCCUGGAACUUCUUCUGGCACAUCUCCAGAUGAUUCAAUUCAGAUAAAGUGGCCAAUCUUAUCCUACCGGGAACUUGCAAAAGUUACAAAUAAUUUUGACCAAUCUAAUAUGCUUGGAAAGAUAGGCUUGGAGAAAGUUUACCAUGGCAAAAAGAAUGGGCGUGAGGUUGCAAUUGAAAGAUAUUCCAAUAAUGAGAUGUACAUAUUCCAGCAGUUCCUCUAUGAAGAUUUGAUCUCAAAUAUCUUACCUCAUAAGAAUCUGGUGUCAUUUCAUGGCUGUGCCUUUCAUCAUAAGGAGUUCCUGCUAGCACAUGAAUACCUCUCAAAUGGCACUCUUGCUUCUUAUCUUCAACUUGGAAUGUCACACAGCAGCACACUACAUUGGCUCACUAGAUUAGACAUUGCAAUUGAUGCUGCAAAUGCAUUGAGCUAUCUUCAUUAUCAUGGCAUCGUCCAUCGCAAUGUAAAAUCCCGCAAUAUUCUGCUAGACAAGAACCUUUGUGCUAAACUUGGUGGCUUACAUGUGUCAAGGAAAUUUCCAGAAGGAGUUUCAAUCAAUGAUACCUAUGUUACAAGUGAUGUAGUAGGGACAUGUGGUUACAUAGACCCAGAAUAUGUAUCACAUGGCAGGGUUGGUGCCACAGUUGAUGUUUACAGCUUUGGAGUGGUUUUGUGUGAGCUUAUAUCAUCCAAACUCGCUAAGUAUUGGGAAGGUUGCGAGGAAGAGAGUAUCGCUACAAUUUUAAGCAAAAAAAUUGGAAACCAAGAUAUGAACAAGGUGUUGGAUCCAAGACUUGGCUUCCAAUCAGACCAUAAAAUCAAGCAGAUGAUAAUUGCUGUAGCAGAGCUUGCACUUGAGUGCAUGACAUCUCCACAAGAACUAAGGCCAAACAUGGAACAAGUGCUAGAGAUCCUCAAUGAUAUAAAACAUGAGAGAUUUGAAACAAAGUCAGAUAAAGCUUUUAAAAUCUUCCACCAUGCUGAACUUGAAGAAGCAACUAAACAUUUUGACACUUGCCUUGGAAAGGGAGGGUUUGCCACUGUCUACUAUGGAAAACUUAAGGAUGGGCGCGAAAUUGCAGUAAAACGUUUCCACAACGAGACAGACAAGUCCAUCAAGCAAUUCAUGAAAGAAAUAGAGAUCUUAAGUUUAUUGCAGCAUAAAAAUUUGGUGUUACUUUAUGGCUGCAGCUCUCGUCACAGCAAGAACCAUCUUCUAGUAUAUGAGUACAUCUCCAACGGCACCCUUUCUAAACAUCUUCAAGGACCUUCCAGUGAAAAGUUAUCAUGGCUUACUAGAUUGAACAUUGCCAUUGAAACUGCAACCGCAUUAGUAUAUCUUCAUGAUUCAGGCAUCAUCCAUCGUGAUGUAAAAGGAAGCAACAUUCUCUUGGAUGAAAACUUGACUGUUAAGGUUGCGGACUUUGGACUCUCAAGGUCACUUCCGAGUUCUGUAACACAUGUUUUAACCAUACCAGUGGGAACUCACGCUUACAUAGAUCCAGAUUACUAUGAAUCUGGAAGAGUCAGUGAUAGAAGCGAUGUCUACAGCUUUGGCGUGGUCUUGUUUGAGCUCAUAUCAUCGAAACCACCUAGCUUGUUGGAUGAUGGAGAGAGUGUUACUCUAGCCAAGUUCGGAAUCACUAAGAUGUUAAACAAUGCAAUGGAGGAGCUGGUGGAUCCAAUUUUCAGGUUUGGUUCAGACCAAAAGUUGAUGGAAAUGAUAGUAGCUGUGGCAGAGUUAGCAUUUCAGUGUGUGCAGUGUCCUAAAGAUCUUAGACCUUCUAUGAAACAGGUGCUGGAGACCCUAGAAGGAAUAAAGAAGGGAACAUGGAGAUUCAACCAAAUAACAUAGCCUUAGUUUCAGAUUUCAUGAAGUUCUAUUCAGUUACUUGAUGGUUAUAAUUCACAAUUUUCUUGCAUGCAGGAAGAAAUAAUCCCAUCAGAUCUAGGGACAAACCAAUCAGAGUUACAUGUCACUCAACAAAAACCAGCAGAGCUGGGUACUCUUAAAAAGAUGAAGCAAUUUCAAUGGAUGAAAUUUCUUCAGUGAAAGUCAAUGAAACAAGAUUCAACCGUGAAUGGAUGAAAUUUAAAUGUUUUAAGUCAAAUGAGCCAUCAAAAUCUUGUCCAAUUUUAUGGCUACUGUAUAUUACCAUGGUCAUGAACGUAUGCAAGUACUUCAAUACAUUUCUAAUGACACUCAAUUUCAAAUAGGACUUUUGUAGAAGAAUGAUCAUUAUAUUAAAGAAGAGAAUAACAACUAACGCAAUAGAAUGAUGUAGUACUCUAACAUAAUUCAAAGUAGUAGCACCACGAUAUGCCAUAGCUUGUGUCUGCAAAAUUAUAUAUUGCAAAUAGAUAUAUAAAUAUAUGCUACAUUUCAAUAAACUUGACAGAAGAAAUAGAAUUAUGCUAUAUAGGAUGAGUUCAAAAUGUCAAGAAAGUGUGAAUAUAUAAGAAUCAGGUAACUGGAGACAUAAAUAUGCAGUAGCAGAGAAUUGAGACUAAAUUAUCUGGUUGAAUCCCCAUGUUCCCUUCUUUAUACCCUCAAGGGUCUCCAGCACCUGUUUCAUGGAAGGUCUAAGCUCUUUAGGACACUGAAUGCACUGAAAGGCCAACUCUGCCACUGCUGUUACCAUUUCCGGUACAUCUUUAUCUGAAUCAUACCCAAUAUCUGGAUCUACUAGCUCCUUCAAUGUGUUAUUUAACAGUUUGAUUAUUGCAAACUUAGCAAAGCCAACCGCCUCACCGUGUGGGACUUCCCUCCAAAAUGCAGGUUUAGAUGAUAUGAACUCAAACAAGACCACUCCAAAGCUAUAUACAUCACUUCUAUAGGAAACCCUGCCUGUUUGGAAAUAUUCCGGAGCUGCGGCCGUAGAGUGAAACCAGGUUUCUAUGGUGCAAGAGUCUUAAGAUCUCGAUUUUAUUCAUGAAUUGCUUAAGAGAAUUUUCCCGCAUGUUGUGGAAUUUAUUGCAACUUCAAGUCCAUCUUGAAGUAUUCCUAAUAUCAGUGGCAAGCCAAAGGAACAAAUUAUGCAUACAGCAUACCUAUUGUUCUUAAGUCUCAUAUGUUGUGUGUGAAUUGUGAUAAAAAUAUGAGAGUUAUUACAAUUGUAAGUUGAUAAGUAGUGAAAUUGAAUGUGGGUUGGUAAAAAAUACAACAGAAAUUAAGCAUAAGGUUGUAAGAAUGUUGGCAUGUUGCAUUGUAUGUUUGACAUAGU